AUGUUGGGAGGGCUCAUCUACGGCUAUGGGUCGGGCGGCAUCCUACGUGUAACCCUCUGUGCUGGCCUUAUGCAAUUGAUUGCUGCCUCGCUGGUUCAUUAUUUCCUGGAGGGCAUGCCUCCGCCGGGCGGCGAAGUUCGAACCGGGGAGUCAGAGAAUACCACACGCGAACUACCUGCAUUUGGAUUGGCAUCGAUUCUAUUGUGCAAUCUCAUUCUCAUUCACAUUCUGUACACCUGUGGCGCAGCAGUGUUCGACAGCUUCUUCGGCGUCUGGUGCAUUGACACCUUCGGAUGGACCCCAGCUCGCCUGGGCUCAGCACUAACCGCUGCGGCGUGCUUUGCAUUCUGCACCAAUGCCUUCGCAUAUCGGAGGUACAUGAUGAGACCCACGCGGACGGUCGCUGGUGCUGUUAUCGGCCUUGCAUCCAUCGGCCUGUCUUUUGCUGCUAUGAGCAUGGCCAAGAAGCCCCUGGUUGUGAUGGCUAUUCUUUUCUGCCAAUCAUUUGGAAUCACGUUCUUCAACCCCAGCGUGAACAUCCUGAUCGCGCGGUGCUGCCCCAGGGGCAGCCGAGGUCUGAUCUUCGCCAUGGACUCCAUCGCCUGCUCCUUGGGCCGCAUCUGCUCACCAAGCAUUGCCGGCCACUUCUAUGAUCUGGGCCCUGGACCCGCUUUCCGGGUCGUCUCCUGGGCGUUGAUGACUGCAGCAGGCCACGGAGAUACAAAACCGCAGUUCCUGCGAGAGCGAGAGGGAGAGUGCCAUCCUUUUUGA